AACAACUUGUAUUCCGAAGGUUGCAAAAAGAUGGAUGGAAACAAUCUUCUCUCUUCUGGUGACUUUUAUCUGCUUCGUUAUUGAAUAUAAAAAUAUAGACACAAAGAGAAACCGUUAAAGAAAUAACAUGAAUGAAUUGUAAUAAAUGUCUUAGGGCAUUUUUUUAACUGACGUUCGAAGCAGAUCAUUUUGACAAAGCAAACAUCCUAAAGAAUGUGUAAAAAGUAGAUUUAGAAGAUGAGAAGGGGUAACAUAAGACUCCUUGUAACCAUAUGUGUCUUUGUGGCAUUAUUUAUUUUAUUGUUAUGUCUUUAUUCGGAUCAAAAUCAUUAUUUAUUUUCACAGAAAACAAAUUCAUAUUCUAUUGACUUGAACUUUGACAGAAAACUACUGGACAAAGACUAUGAACUUGAUUUAGAAGAUGAAGAUGUUCUUGUUUUUCUUCACAUGCAAAAAACUGGUGGUACAACUUUUGGAAAACAUCUAGUUAAAAAUCUUGACAUUGACCAACCUUGUGAAUGUAUUAAAGGGAAGAAAAAAUGUAACUGCUUAACUCGAAAGCAAACCGUCUGGUUAUUUAGUAGAUACUCUACUGGUUGGGCAUGUGGUCUUCAUGCAGACUGGACAGAAUUAAAGGGAUGUGUCGAUAAAGAAAUGGACAAGCAAGAAGGUUUACAUAGAAAAAGAAGAUUCCACUAUAUCACCAUACUUAGAGACCCAGUGAGGAGAUAUAUAAGUGAAUGGAAACAUGUUCAGAGAGGAGCUACAUGGAAAGCUGCAAAACUUUAUUGUAAUGGACGCCAAGCUUCUUUAGAGGAAGUGCCAUUUUGCUUUGAAGGCUCAACAUGGAAGGGUGUAUCAUUGGAAGAAUUCAUAAAAUGUAAAUUUAAUCUUGCUAAUAAUCGACAGACAAGGAUGUUAGCCAAUCUAAGUAAAGUCAACUGCUACAAUGGGACAGGAAUGAAUGAGGAACUUAGACAAAGAUUAUUACUUGAAAGUGCAAUUGAAAACCUUAAAAAUAUGUCUUUUUUUGGUUUAACAGAACAUCAACGAGAUACUCAACUCUUAUUUCAACAUACUUUUCACAUAAAAUUUUCUAAAGAUUUUGAGCAGUACAACAAAACACAUUCCGAAAAAGCUGAACAUAAGGUUACGCAGGAACAAAUAAGUUUGAUAGAAAAUCUGAAUGCUAUAGAUGUUAAAUUAUAUAAAUUUGCCAAAAGAUUAUUUGAAGAAAGGGUAAAGGUAAUGACAGAAGAAAUUAAUGAGUCUGAGUCUUCUCCUGUCAGUCUGAUUGACAGAAAAUCUGGAGAACAACAUAAUGAAACACUAGAUUAUGUCGAGGAGCUGUUUAAAGAUGCAUCCUAAAAUUCCAAAUAAAGUCAUGUUUAAUCAAGUUAUGGUUCAUUAAAUGAAAGAUUGAUUGUACAAAAUAAUGUUUAACUCUUAUAUUCUGUCUAUUCAGCUAUUACCCAAAGUUUUAUGAAAUUUUAAGGAUGUUUAAUUCAUAUGACUCACUAUCAAACCAGCAACAGAUGGUCCAGAAAGCCUGACUCACUAUCAAACUAACAACAGAUGGUCCAGAAAACCUGACUCACUAUCAAACCAGCAACAGAUGGUCCAGAAAUCCUGACUCACUAUCAAACCAGCAACAGAUGGUGCAGAAAAACUGACUCGCUAUCAAACCAGCAACAGAUGGUGUAAAACCAAUUUCACCAAAGUCAUCACAGAGAAAUGGCCAUGAAAAAACCUUUUAAUUGUACAGUACAUUUUAAUUCAAGUUUGAUGAAGAAAAUUAGUAUAAACAUAAAUGAUAAAUUUGAUGUGUUUAAAAUUUGUCAUUUUCGGGCUGUGGAACUUGAAAAAUUGAAGGUACAUCUGAAACUCAAGACAAAAAUAUUACUGCAUUUUUUCCAUUGUGAAAAAAGACAAAUCAGACUUAAGUUUUCAAUUUUAUGAAAUAUUUAUGAAAUAUAUAUAGCGAGAGAAGAGAGAGAGAGGUAGAAUGAAUUAUGCUAUCAAAUCAAGCUCAGUUUAUUUUAUUUUAAGAUGUAUAUGUGAUAAGUGAUAAAGAAGAAUGAUCUAUUUUGUCUGUUUUAUGCAUACCAUUCCAAACUGAUACAGUUUGUACAUCACACAUGUCACAUGUCUUAGCAGAGACAUAUUUGACAAUAAUGUAUAUUUUUGUAAUUCAUAGGAGUUGUUGUCAGAACUACUUUAUAUUCAAUAUUAAGGAAUAUUUAAGAUCUCAUUACAAAGCAUUUAUGUUAUUUUUUCUUUUUUGACAUUUUGUAGUCUGUGAUAUAUUGUCAUAUAAAUCCAUUUGUUAAAUCAUAAUUAUACCAAGAAGUUGGUACGUUGAUAAUAAACUUGUGUUUGUAUAAUA